CAAACGUUUUCCCUCCUCCCCCAGUCUUCCCUCCUCGCCCACCCCACUUUCUUCCUCCACUCUCCCUUCUCCCCCACCCCCAGUCUCCCGGCGGCGGCCUAGCUUUUCCUUCCACUCCACCUCAGAAACACCAAGCGACUUGUAUUAUUUCCCACGCGACCAUAUACACGCUACACAACCAGCGACUAACUUUUUCUCAAACUCGCAAGGAUUGCAUUUUCUAUUUUUGAGGGAUAAUGGACGACAAAAUAAUUAAGAAAGUAGGCUUGUGAGCUGACUUUUCUUCGGGCUGAUUUUACUCGGGAGGGUAAGUAGGAGGAGAACGUAUGUGCAGGAGGACAAACUUAUGUGCGUGCGUGUUUUAAACUUCUGCGACGUACAACUUUCCAUUGUUUUCGUUUUCAGUUUUAAGAGGUUGCUAGUUGUUUUUACACCAGUAUACGAUUAUUCGUGAAUUAAACUGUUUGGAAUCGUCGAUGUGGGUUGUAGCGUUAGCUAGUUUUUCUAGCCCAAAAUAAAAUACGCGACAAGAAACGAGUGGAACAACUCCAGGAAUCAACUAGCUAGUUAACUAGUUAGCUUAGCAUGGCUAACUAACGUUAGCUAGCUAACACACUGAACAGUCGUUGGAUGCUUAUUUUUGCAGAGUUUGCAACAACUCGUCUUGUUCAUGGCUAAUCUCGUUACUACCACUGGAAAUCGUGGUAUUCCAAAUAAUACAGGGAACUAGCUAGCUAACGUUAGCAGGGUGUUUUGAAACUCGGUGGGUACGACAUCACUUCCACGGCAAGACAACAGUGAGUGUGUUUUUAGAAAUUCAAGAUGCCGCAGCUGGACGGAGGAGGAGGAGAUGAUUUGGGAGCCAACGACGAGUUGAUCUCGUUUAAAGACGAGGGGGAGCAGGAGGAAAAGACUGCCGAGAAUGUGUCAUCUGAGCGGGACCUGGACGAUGUUAAGUCUUCACUGGUCAACGAGACGGAGAACAACAGCAGUUCGUCUGACUCCGAGCAGGCAGUCAGUCAUAGACGUCCCCAGCAUCACAUACCGGAUUGGGAGAGUUAUGUCAGACAGAGAGAGUUCGUUGCAGAAGCUCUGAGGAGACAGCAACACGACAGUGGAUUGUUCAAGGCAUCUCUGUACGCUGGCUAUCCCUUACUGAUGAUCCCUGACCUGGGUAACCUAGCCAACCUGGGCCACUUGGGGAACCUUGGCAACCCCUACCUUUCUCCUGGAGUCCUCUCACCCGGCGCCAGGACGUCCAAUAAGGUACCAGUGGUGCAGCAUAGUCACCUGUCCCCCUUCUCCCCACUCCUGUCCUACAGUCCAGACCCCUUCCCCCCACGGACACCCCCUCCUCACCUCUCAGCUGACACGGGUCUUCCCCCCACCCCCCACCCAGCAGAGCUCUCUCCUUACUACCCUCUCUCUCCUGGAGGCAUGGAACACAUGACACACCCCCUGAGCUGGCUGCAGGGCCAGUCCAUGUACGGUAUUCCAGUGGGGGGGUUUAGACCAUCCUACCCUGCAGCUCUCGCCUUGAACUCUUCCAUGUCCAGCUUUGUGUCCAGUCGUUUCUCACCCCACAUGGUCCCGCCUCCCCAGACGUCAGUCCCCCACCCUGCCAUUGUUUCCACGGCGAUCAAACAGGAACCGAGAGACAGCAACCAGCACGGGAGGUGUGCUGUGUCUAUGGGGGACAGAGAGAAGGAGGAGAAGAAGCCUCAUGUGAAGAAGCCUCUGAAUGCCUUUAUGCUGUACAUGAAGGAGCAGAGACCCAAGGUGGUGGCUGAGUGCACCCUGAAGGAGAGCGCUGCCAUCAACCAGAUUCUGGGACGCAGGUGGCACACUCUGUCUCGUGAGGAGCAGUCUAAGUACUAUGAUAUGGCCCGCAAGGAGAGACAGCUACACUCCCAACUCUACCCUGGAUGGUCAGCUAGAGACAACUACGGGAAGAGGAAGAAAAGGAAGAGAGAUGGCAGGCCAGAGACUGCUCCAGAGGGACAGAUGACACAUCUCCAGUCAGCUGCUUCAGAGGAGCACUUCUCCGCGCAGCUCAAAAAGUCGUGUGUGUCGUAUGGAACUCAGGAGAGACCCAGUGUGUCUCACACACACCUGACACACACACACCUGUCCCAGGCUAGUCCCGCCUCCUCUCUGGACUCUCCAGCCACGCCCACCACUGCUCUGGCCUCCCCUGCCGCUCCCGCACCCACACACACCGAACACACACACUCACACUCCGAGCACACACAUCCUGAGCAGGUCCAGCCCCUCUCCCUCACCACCAAACCCCCUCGUCUGCAGUCACACAGGGACACACACGGUCAGGCUUACACCCACAUCCAGUCUCACACACAUCCACAUUUAUUAACUCACACACACCUCCCCCCGCCCCCUACCCCCAAUACCUCUUCAUCUUCAUCCCCCUCCUCUCAUCCCCCAUUUUCUCUCCACAUGAACUCAUCCAGCAAACAGACUCCACCACUUCUGUCUCGACCAAUCCCCUUUGCCUCUGGCUUAGCUCCUCCCACCUCUAUCCACGAAUCAACAAUGAGCUCCCAUCAUGCCAUGCUCCAGUCCCAGCCACUCUCCCUCGUCACUAGAAAUAAUAAUUAAAACCCAAAGACGCUAACCACAGAUCUAUGAUCAGAUUCCUCUAAGGCCAGCCGUAACCUUAAGCAUUACACUACCCCUAACCACAGAUACCUCUAAACCCUGUCUAAUCAUGGGUGGGAUGAAAGAAUAUCUGACCCCUUGUCAGUGUGUAGGACAGUCCACUCUACUCUGUGGGCAGGGGUGAACAACUCCUUGAGGGCUACAUGAUGCUCCAGCCUAGCAACACACACAAUUUAAAUAGUGUUUGAAUAGAGGUUUAAAUGAAGAUCAUUAUUCAUUGAUUAGCGGAAUCAUGUUAGUGUUGGGCUGGGGAAAAAGCCUGCAACACCCCCUGUUGCCUUAGGAUUAGGGCCAAUUUCUUCCUACUUUUUUUAUUGCUUUUUUUGUCUGUAAAUAAACUUUUUUAACCUUUUAUAGAUAUUAGACCUGGUUUUAUAUUAGUAUGAAAAGGAAACAAUUAUUGGUCAAUAUUUGACCACACCUCUUAACUUGUGUUCAUGUAACUACAUUCUUUUGUCAAAUGGUAUUGCAACAUCUUACCUUUUUUUGUAUUCAUUUGUCCAAUUUGCUACUUGUAUAAAAUACAAAAAAGUAAAGGUUAAUUUUUUAAAGAAAAAUAGAUCAAAGUACGUUUCAGUCUUUGUUGUAGUAAUGUGUGUAGAUCUGUUUUCCCUCCCUCCCCUAUUCUUUUAUAACCCCCCGUAUGACUGAGUCUUGAUAAUAAACAUCUACUUAUUUCUGAAAA